AUGGAUGUGCGGCGUCUAGCUGGCGACGAGGCGCACGACAUCCUCGCAUUCCUGAGCCUCGUGCCGGAGCUGGAUGCCCGGGUGCUCCCGGCGCCCGUGCUGUCAGUACAGGCUACUCGUCUAAGCGCCGGCCUGGCGGUCGGCCUGUGCGUGCACCACGCCGUCGCCGACGGACGCACCGUGUGGCGAUUCAUGGAGGCAUGGUCUUCCGCUUCCCGUGAGGGCUCCCCAGUCACCAAGGUCCUCGGCCCGCCACACUACAGCCGCGACGUCAUCCAUCACGCGAACGCCGACGAGCUCGCCCGCGAGAUGCUAAAGACCGUCGGGCCCAAUCUCCCAGAGGUGAGAGGACAGCACGACUUCAGCCAGCGGUUCCUGCUGGCGCGCCGGACGUUCUACCUCGGCACCGACGACAUCCAGUCGCUUAGGCGGCGGAUCGACGACCUCGCCUCCGCCGAGGCUGCCGCCGCCGGUGGCGACGCGCCCAAGCUGAAACCGGUGUCGACGUUCGUGGCGCUGGCGGCGCUGAGCUGGACGGCGUUCGUUCGUUCCAAGGGGCUCGGCGCCGGGGACGACACGUACCUGGUGUUCCUCGCCGACCUGCGCUCCCGCCUCGACCCGCAUGUGAGCGAGGCUUACCUCGGCAACUGCGUGCGCGCGUGCCUGGCGACCUGCGCCGACGCGGCGGAUCUCCUCGGCCAGGCGGGCAUCCUCCGCGCGGCGCGGGCUGUGCAGGCCGCGGUGGCGGAGAUGGAGGCGGCGCCGCUGUCCGGGACGGACAAGGGGUGGAUGCAGAAGCUGAUGCGGCUGCCGUUUCAGCGGCUGACGAACGUGGCGGCGAGCCCUCGAUUCAGGGCCUACGAGGCGGCUGACUUCGGGUUCGGCAAGCCCGCGCGCGUGGAGCUGGUAUCCAUGAACCACGACGGCGAGAUGGUGCUCGUCGGCGGCCGGCGAGAUGGCGAGGUGCAAGCCUCCGUGUCGAUCGACCCGGCGCACAUGGACGCAUUCAAGGCCUGCAUCCACGGGUAG